AUGCCUUCGAUACGCUUACACCCUCACUCCUCCUCACCAACUGCAAAUGUGAUCCUGUCACCCAACCUUUCCCACCAAUUCACCAAUUCUCUCCCACAACUACUCCAGACACCCUCUGGUCUCGCUAUCCUCGAACUCCAAGGCACAAUCAACCUUCCCUCAACCGAGCAAGAUGACGAGCACGAUGACGGUUAUCAAUCACCGAAGGGCCCUACUUUCGAAACCCCAGUCGGCAAAAUCAUGUUCCCGGAUUACUCGACUUUGAACCCGGACGAUACCAAGUGGAUGAAGCGCGUGUAUCUAUAUGUCGGACGAUAUCAACGCAUGACGGGUGAAGUGAAGAAACUUCCUCGUCCAAUUGCUGUCCUUCAGAAACGCGUUUCCGUGGAAAAUCCUUCGACCGAGGCGGAGGAGUUGGAAGUUGUGGAUAUUGUGCGGUAUAAGAUUUUCUUCAAGAAUCGACCGGAGCCUGUGAAUGAUGUUUGA